CCUCCGAAGCUCCAGCAGUAAACUUGCCCAGCUAACUCUGGAACAAAUCUUGGAACAUCUUGAUAAUCUGAGACUUAAUCUAUCUAAUACCAAACAGAAUUUUUUUAGCCAAACACCGAUUCUGCAAGCACUCCAGCAUGUGCAAGCAAGUUGUGAUGAGGCACAUAAAAUGAAGUUCAGUGACCUCUUCUCUCUAGCAGAGGAGUAUGAGGACUCUACAAAACCACCCAAAAGUAGACGGAAAGGUCCAAUGAUGAGUCCUCGCAGUAGGAAGAAUGCAGCCCAACCAGCCAACACAGAGGAGGAGUCUGCAUCUAGCAGCGCUUCUGAGGAGGAAGACACAAAACCGAAACCCAGCAAAAGGAAACGUAAAGGUUCUGCGCCAGUCGGAUCGGACAGUGACUAACCAGCUACUGAGGACUCCGCUGGCUCCUGACUAUCUUUCUAUAUUGGUCUCCAAGACCUAGAGCACAUCUUGAAACUGUGCUUGGUGCAGCAGAGGAGGAAGUUUCAUCUGUCUGCAUCAGCUUGAUGGCACCUUCUAGACUUUUCCAACUUCCUGCCAUCCAACGUUUCCAGCAGAGGGAGAUGUGCUGGAUCUAAAUAAACAGCCCCAAUAAACUGUACACCACCUUUAGGGGCCGGACUUUUAUACAUAAAUUUUGCUAUUUUCUUACAGAUUGUAAAUAAUUUUCUCUGAUGGGAUUGCUGCUCAGAGCUCUUUAAAUCCUUUUUUGUUGGUUUUUUUUUAACUAAAAUAUUUUAAAAUACAAUAAAAUGUUUUUUUUCUGAUCUCUCCUGUGCCUGGUAACCUCCCCUGCCAGUGUCAUUGUAUAUAGUUUUCUGACCUUGGUAAACUCCAUUUAAGCGCUAUGUGCCAUAUAUUUUUUCAUCUGUUUGAUCGAUCAGUACACAUGAAAGGUCACUAAACUGUUGUGUUAAGUCAUUUAGGUUUCUGUCUGCCCUUAUUCCUAAAUGAGGCAGUAAAAUUAAGGUAACUGCCAUGCACAUUUAAUUGUGGAAUUACUUUUUACCAAUAUAGAGAGCAUUCUACAGUAACACCCUUUGUGUUUUAGGACUUUAGUGUACUAUAAAAUGUUCUCCCCAAUAAUCAAUUUUACCUGCUGGAGUGUAUUAAAUUACUCUUACCUUUUUACUUUGUCAUUUAAAAUAACUGUUUUUGCCCGUUGAAACACACACACACACACACACACACACAUAUAUAUAUAUAUAUAUAUAUAUAUAUAUAUAUAUGUGUGUGUGUGUGUGUGUGUGUGAAGGGUGGGAGAGUUCUUAAAAAUGUUUAUUUUCAAUUGCUAUCUCAGAAAUAAGAUAAGGAAGCUUUUUUGUUUAUAUAGAAUAAUUGGAUACCGAGAUCUGCUCUGUUCUUCUUACAGGCUCACCCACUUUAAUAGGUUGUGGAUUCAAAGAUAAAAACAACUAUUUCAUAUACAAAAAUAAAUUUAAAAUAGUAAUUUUUGAUUAAUUUUAUCAUCAGCUGAAAUAACAUGUCAUUGGAAACUUAUUAAGUGGAAACCAAUUUUACAGUGCACUGUGUCAUUUCCUUAUCUAUGUGUAUCAGUUAAUAAUUUCCAUACCUCUGGCACCCAGUUAUUUGUGUGUAUAUUAUGCUUUUAUCACUGGCUAUCAUGGUUUACCUUAUAUAACUUUAUGCAGAGUCCUGCAGUUCAUCGAAAGGCAAUACAACCUCACUUUUUGUGAA